AUGGCGCCCAAGAUCACGCUGCACUUUAUCCCGAUCCCCGGAUCGCGUGCUGACCGCCUCUUCUGGAUCCUCGAGGAGCUGGGACUGGAAUACAAUGUCCAGGCCCACUUGCAACAGGGGCCCACGUCUCCGUCCUUCAAGGAGGUGUCAGUGCUCGGCAAGACACCCGCUCUCGAGGUCGACGGCCGCAUCUUGACUGAAACCGGCUUCAUAGUGCAGUACCUGCUCAAGAACUUCCCCAAGGCCGGGCUCGAGGCCACGCCGUCCGACGACAGCGUCCACUGGAGCUUCUUCUCGGAGGGAACGCUCAUGCUGCACCUGCAGCCGGGGCGCGUGCUCGGCUUUGCGGCCGGCGCUCUCCCCAAGAAGCCUGGAGUGUCCGCCGAGGAGGGUAAAGGCAUGGCGGCGCUGUACAACUGGUUCUCCAGCGUCUGGGUCGGCAAGAAUGUGCCCCUGCAGUUGCAGUGUGUCGAGGACUUUCUUGCGCAGAACCCCAACUUUAGCGGUAGCGAGCUGAUUGGAUCUGGUGAUAUCAUGAUGGGCUACCCACUCAACUACCUCGCCACCGGCACGAUCAUGGGCGAGUACUCCGUCGGCCCGGCCACGCGCAAGUGGGUAGCCGGCAUCCGCGCGCGUCCGGCAUGGCAGCGGGCGAUGGAGAGGCAGGACAAGGAGAGGCAGGUGCAGUCCAAGCCGAAGAUGUAG